UUAAUUAUUAUAGAUUAGCAAAAAAGAAAAAUGAACGUUAACCACGGAGAUGAAACUGAAGUUAACCACGGAGAUGAAACUGAAGUUGACAAUGAUGGGGAAGAUGAAAUUUAUCAUAAGCGACCUGAUAAAGACAAAGCACUAAAGAAAUACAGAAAAUUGAAACUUAGACUAGAUGAUUUUAUGGCAGAAAUGAGGAAAACAGUCUCAUUAUUAGUGUCAAACUCUGUGACAACUGCAUCAUCAUCUGAUAUGACUGCAACUGCAGUGACAUCUGGUACUACUACAAUUGCCUCACCAUCUGAUACUACUACAACUGCAUUGACAUCUGGUAGUACUACUACAAUUGCGCUGAUAUCUGGUACUACUACAAUUGCAUCGUCAUCUGGUACUACUACAACUGCAUCGUCAUCUGGUACUACUACAGUUGCAUUGUCUGGCACUGCUGCAACCGAUCUAAAUUGGAGCAGCUACAGGCUUUAUCGCUCCCAGCACCCAGGACCUCUUUCUGAGAGGUCCUUUAACAAAUGGUGCUUUAAUAAUGGUAUGGAUGAGCCCUCAUUUAAAUGGAGAGCUCAUCCAUACAGGGGUGCUGGGAGGCACCAAGGAAAAAACAGCAACAAAAAAAUUUUAAAUAUCUUUAAUCAGUGAAGAUAUUUACAAUUUUUUUGUUGCUGUUUUUUCCUUGGUGUUUUAUUCUCAAUGAAAUAAAUUUAUAAUUUUAAUUUUGUUUGUUUUUAUUUUUUUAGUAUUUGUUUAGACUAUUAAUUUUUGACUAGAUAUUUAAUUUUUGGUUCACAAUAUAACAUGACUGUAAUUGUCCCCAAUAUAUAUCAUAUCAGUUAAAUCAGAAAAAUGUACUAUAGUAGAUAAUUAACUGUAAAAAAAAACCACAUGUAAAUAUCUAAUAUUUUAAAGUUUAUAAUUUGUUGAUUUUUACCAGAUUUUAUUUCUUUUCAUUGUUUCGAAUUCAAUAGUUUAGUGUUUAUAACUGCUUUUAACUUAUGUUAAGCUUUAAUAAAUUUAAUCUUCUAAUUUUUAUCUAAUAUAGAUAUUUUAAUAUGUAAAAUAGAUAGUCUUAAUAAUAAAGAAAAAAAAAAAAGUAAGUAAUAAGAAAAAAGAAAAACAGAUAAAUGAUCUUUUAUAUAUUGAAUUUGAAUUUUGUCAUGUUGCUUAUUAUAUUAUUAACAUUUCAAUGAUGCUGUUAGAUUUUUGUUUAUUUCUUUAGAAUUUAGAAAAUUAAAUUAAACUACAACUUUUGAACAGUCAUUUCAUUGUUUGUGAAGGUUAAAUUAUUUUAAUAUUUUUUAAACAAUUUUUUUAUAGAAAUAAUUUGAAGUUUACAAAAAGGGUUUACAAAUACUUUAUUUUUUAAUUUUUUUUUCUAUUUUUUGUUUAAG